AUGACCUCUGAAAAGGUAAGUGCUGAAUAUCGCAAGCUGUAUUUAUAUUUUAAAAAGUUUUAGAUCGAAUAAUUUAGGGUACUAUGGUUAUACGUCGCCUGAUGGAAUAUUUUGAUUAUUUCGAUGGAAUAUUUUGAGUAUAUCUCCUGCAGGUACCCAUCUCGCAGGUAGAUAAAUGCAUUAUUCGUCUAGAGUACCCGCUCGACGAAUACGUAUGGAAAAUUCGAUAGUAUAUAAUAGUAUAUACUUUACACAAAUAUUUGACCUAUUAUCCAUACAAUGUUUUAAAAUGACCUGGUUUCCUGCAGGUACCCAUCUCGCAGGAACCAGACAAUAUGCUCAUUGAGGGUACCCGCUCUGAUGAUGCAUCAGCGACACCUAUUCCAGUGUCAAGAGAUCAACUAAGUUCUCUGAUCGAGGACAAAGUCACUGAGACAUUAAGAAGGACUCUACCAGACAUUUUAAGAAAUGCUUUUAUGACACCAGAGCCUAAUUGUUCCCAGGAAAAUAUCGCUGUGGAACAACCACAACCUAAAAGAGCCAAAGUAGUCGAUAGUGACACACCACCAGCUUUUGUCGGUUCUAGUCGUUCCGACAAGUACUAUGCACCAGCACCAGAAGCUACCACUUCUGAAGAAUUAACUUCAUUUAUCAAAUCUGCAUUUACCAAGCAACUGUCCAAAGAAGUUUGGACAAAUGUCAUGGAGCAAUACCCUGACAUUAAAGGAACAGCUGAUUUCCUAGUUUCGCCCAUAAUGCAAACAGGGAUGAAAGAGGACAUCAAACGUGUCCAUGGUCUGUCCCGAACAAAAGAUUUGUUCACAUUUGAUGAAGGACUAGCUGACAAACAAGCACCCUUCAUUUCCGUUGUUCGACCACUUGUCAGUGCUCUACAAGCAUUGGAGCCGACGGAAGUGGAUGUAGACGAGGUUGAGCCCUCAGGUCCUGAUCCUGACCACAUAAAAGCUCUUAUCGAAGAUGCUAUUGUGCUACUGGGAAAUGCACAUUGUCGUCGAAACAUUUGGCGCCAAAAACGUUUUGCAGAAUACCUAACGGAUGUGGGUAAGCGUACCCUGAAAGACCAAAUUCCAGCUGACAAGUACCUGUUCCCCGAGCAAUUUCAUAAUGUAAUUAAAGAGGAACACGAUCAUGCAAAUACCAAUCGCAAAUUAGUGGCACAAUCAACCAAACCUCAAAGGUUUUUCUCCCCCAGAGGGCGUUUUCAAACCAACAAGUCCUUUCGUGACCAGCCCUUUCGUGACCAAUCCUUCCAGCGAUCUAGUUUUACCCGACCGCAACAUAACAACUCAUUCAGAAAGAAUCCAAACAACAACAAACCCUAUUGGGGAAAACGUGGAAACCACACAAAACGCAGCUGACUAUCAGCUACCGACACUAAAAGACAUCAAACCAACGGACAAUCUUGUAGCAGGCCGCAUCAAACAAUUUUAUUCAAACUGGACACUAAUUACAUCAACUCCCUGGAUUCUAUCCAUAGUUCAAGGGUACAAAAUUCCCUUUGUUCGUCAACCCAUACAGUGGAGACAGAGACAAACAAAAGCAAAGUCGAAAAAGGACUUGGCCUCUAUAAAAGAAGCCAUAUUACAACUCCAAGCGAAAGGUGCAGUAAAAGCUGUACAGGAGGAGUCAAAUCAAUUCACUUCAACACUGUUCAUAGUGAAACAAGUGUCCAAGGACAGGCCAAUUUUCAAUUUAAAGAAUCUCAAUCGCUUUGUCCAAUCCCAGAAGUUCAAGAUGGAAGGUCUGGAAGCAGUACGCAAACUGAUCCAACCAGGAGACUUCAUGAUGAAGUUAGAUCUCCAACACGCCUAUUUUUCCGUACCGAUGCACAACAGUCACAAGAAAUAUCUGAGGUUUGUAUUCCAAGGAAUAACAUACGAGUUCCAAUGCCUACCAUUCGGGCUAUCCAGUGCGCCCUAGCCUGCGAGCAGGCUCUCUGGGGAAAGAGAGCCUGCAAGGAUCCCUAUGAUGAUUCGGUGCAUGCGUCCAAUAUUUGGACGCAGUGCUCUGAUUGGUUGAUAACUGAUUCAUAUGAAGUGAUUGACAAGCUUCCGUAAACUUGCACUUCCCGUUUGUAAAACCGAGCAACGCAAAGCUUCGGAAUUGCGGCAAUGUAGAGAUAAAAGUGUCAUGUAUUUUGAUCCUGGUUGACUUUUUACUGUAAAUUAAUAUAGUAUUCAUAUAAAGACGAAUACUAAAAGCUUGCAUGCUUUAUUUCCCAGAGAGCCUGCUCGCAGGCUAAGUGCGCCCAGGACAUUUACAAAACUAUUGAAACCGGUCAUAGUAUUGCUACGAACACAAGGAAUACGGACUGUAAUAUAUCUGGACGAUAUGCUUAUUCUGGACCAAAGCCCAGAAAGACUGUCGUCAAUUUUUUGGAGUGUUGUCAAUCUACUGCAACGUCUGGGAUUUCUCAUCAAACAGGAGAAAUGCUCCCAAGCCCCAUCCCAGUGUCUAGAGUUUCUGGGAUCCUUGAUCAACUCGAGGGAGAUGACACAAGCAGUACCCAACGACAAACUCCAAAAGCUCCAAAUAGAGUGCAAGAAUGCAAUCAAGAAUCGCUGGCUGACGCUGAAAGAACUCUCGGCUUUAUUAGGCAGAAUGAACCAUUGCUCCCAAGUGGGUCUAACCCAGGGACCUUUGCAUUAUCGUGCUCUACAGAGGCAACAUAUCAACAGCAUUCACCAGAGCAAACGUCUCUCGAACAAGACAAAGGUCUAUCUGACAGGAGAAUCACUAACCGACCUCCAAUGGUGGAUAUCGAUGCAGAUACAUCAGUUCAACAAGUGUUUAAUCUCACUACCAGCGUUCGACCUGAUCAUUUACACAGAUGCGUCCAAUCAAGGAUGGGGAGCACAGUGCAACGGAAUCAUGACAGGGGGACGAUGGAACAUCCAAGAAUCCAGACAACACAUCGACAUUCUCGAAAUGAAAGCAGCCCUUCUGGCCAUCCAGUCCUUUCUAACAACACAGGUAAAAAUGCCGCAACAUAUUGGUCUGCAGAUGGACAACUCUACAGCAGUUGCAUAUGUCAACAAGAGAGGGGGAACCAGGUCUUCGACUUUAGCAGCCUUAGCAGUCGAGAUUUGGAACGUUUGUCAACAGAAAGGAAUAUGGAUAACAGCACAACACCUUCCAGGAGUACAGAAUGUCGAUGCGGACUGGGCUUGUCGUCACUUCAACGAACGCACAGAGUGGACUCUGGACAAGGCGAUCUUCGCACGUAUAGUCACAAAGUAUUACACUCCACAAGUCGACUUGUUUGCAUCUCGGCUCAAUCAUCAACUACCCCUCUAUGUUUCCCGGCACCCAGACCCGGGUGCAAUGGAGGUCGAUGCAAUGACAUUGCAAUGGAACAGAUGGACAUCGUUCAUUCAUGCGCCAAUUGUAAUGCUUCCCCGCAUUCUGAAGAGAUACGAGAAGAUCAGGCAACCUGUCUACUCAUUGCCCCGAACUGGCCGGGCCAGACAUGGUAUCCGCUACUAUUGGAGAUGUUGGUCAACAUCCCGUCCCUUCUUCCAAUGACGGAAACGAGUAUGUAUCUACCCUUCGACCGGGAAGCGCAACACCCUCUGUGGAAAACAAUGAAGCUGGCGGUAUGGCCACUUUCAGGGAACGUUGUCGAGCAGGAGGUCUUCCACCGCAAGUUUGUGACAUCCUUAUGGCCUCCUGGAGAGAAGGAACGAAAAAGAGAUACGAAGGUCCUUGGCGACUUUGGACUAGCUGGUGUGUCUCACGGAAUCAAUGUCCAUUUUCAGCCACUGUAG